AGGAGCCCCGGGACCGGGGGGGGGGAGGGGAGGGGAGGGGGGGGCGGCGGAGAACCGGAGCCCCCCCGGAACCGCGGGAUGGGAGACAGCGACCGCGAUUGCCGGAGCCCCGACAGCUCCUCCCUGAGCGCCUCUCCGGAGCCGACGGUGCCGCGUUCGGCCAUGACCUCGUUACCACCGUUGGGAUCUCCGUUCCCGGUCAUCAGCUCCUCGUUAGGAUCUCCAGGACUUCCUCCGGCACCGGCUUUGGCCUACGGACCCGUCAGUAGUCCUCAGAUCAACUCCACCGUCAACCUCUCGGGUCUCCACCCCGUCAGCUCUUCGGAGGACGUGAAGCCCCCGUUGGGCCUUCGCUCCGUCUCCUCUCACCCCCACGGUCCCUCCGGCGCCGGGAAACGCCUCUGCGCCAUCUGCGGCGAUCGCUCCUCAGGGAAGCAUUAUGGGGUGUACAGCUGCGAAGGUUGCAAAGGGUUCUUCAAGAGAACCAUCCGGAAGGACCUCACCUACACCUGUCGGGACAACAAAGAUUGCGUCGUGGACAAACGCCAACGCAACCGAUGUCAAUACUGUCGCUACCAGAAGUGUUUGGCCACCGGCAUGAAGCGAGAAGCCGUUCAAGAAGAACGUCAACGCGGGAAAGAGAAAGAAAGCGAUGGCGAUGUGGGAGUCAACGCCAACGAGGAAAUGCCGGUGGAGAAGAUCUUAGAAGCCGAAUUGGCCGUCGAACAGAAAUCGGACCAAAACGUUGACGGUUCCGGUGGUGGUGGUGGCGGUGGCGGCACUUCGCCCAAUGACCCGGUGACCAACAUCUGCCAGGCCGCCGACAAGCAGCUCUUCACUCUGGUCGAGUGGGCCAAGAGGAUCCCCCACUUCUCCGAGUUACCGUUGGAUGACCAAGUGAUUCUCCUGAGGGCCGGGUGGAACGAGCUGCUGAUCGCCUCCUUCUCGCAUCGCUCCAUCGCGGUGAAGGAUGGGAUCCUUUUGGCCACGGGGCUGCACGUCCACCGCAACAGCGCCCACAGCGCCGGCGUAGGGGCCAUCUUCGACCGGGUUCUGACCGAACUGGUCUCCAAGAUGCGGGACAUGCGGAUGGACAAGACGGAACUCGGUUGCCUCCGCGCCAUCAUCCUCUUCAACCCCGAUGCUAAAGGUCUUUCCAAUCCCGGUGAGGUGGAACUCCUCCGCGAGAAGGUUUACGCGUCUUUGGAAUCUUAUUGCAAACAGAAAUAUCCGGAGCAACAGGGAAGGUUUGCAAAGCUUCUCCUCCGUCUCCCGGCUCUGCGCUCCAUCGGUCUCAAGUGUUUGGAGCAUCUUUUCUUCUUCAAACUCAUCGGGGAUACCCCCAUCGACACUUUCCUCAUGGAGAUGCUCGAAGCCCCCCACCAGCUCUCCUGAGAAACCCCCCCCCACCAGAAAAAAUUCGGGGGACACACACACACAAAAGACUCCCCUGGAGUGGAUUUUGGGGGGGGUCCAAGUGUCUCCGUCCCUUCCCAGAGCCAUCGCGGACCCCUCAUCCCCAUCCCUUGGGGGGUUUCAAUGGGUUUUGGGGGGGUCUUGAUGGGUUUGGGGGGGCCCUUUAUGUGUUCCCCCCCUCUUCCAGACCCAUUGUGACCCCCCCUUUCCAUCCUAGAGGGGGUUUGGGGGGGUCCCAUUGUCCUCAUCCCCUCCCAGAGCCAUCGGGGACCCCUCAUCCCCAUCCCUUGGGGGGUUUCAAUGGGUUUUGGGGGGUUUCAAUGGGUUU